CGUCGCGCUCAAAGCAAAAACAAACUGCUAAUUUCGUUUUUAACAUGAUUUCCCACUCUAAUAAAAUGAAAUUAUCUAACCACAAGAUAUUUCAGGACCUCAGUGAAAGUUUAAAGGAGAAUCCAAGUGGAAAAUUGCGUAAUUUGCUAGAAUUAAGAGAUGAUGUUUUGUAUGUGUGGAAUUCUAUCGAGAACUGCUUAGCGACUUUAAACUUGAAGCAUUUGGAGGAGCACGAUGAAGAGACACCUUAUCAGAAACUCUGCCUCCUCUCACCGCCGCAGUACACAGUGGAACGCAUCACCACCAGCGGCUGUGGCAGUCGCGUCUGCAUCUGGGGUUCCCGUGGGGUCACCGUGGUGGAGCUACCAUCAAGAUGGGGCAGAGGAGGCCUGUUCGAUGAUGGCAGUCAGACAGUGUUGUGCAAGAGUUUCUCUCUGGACGAGCGGUUCCUGUAUUCGCAGGGAGAAGUCCGCCGCGUGCAGUGGCACUCCGGCUCACUGUCGCACUUGUGGGUCCUCGUCUCUGAUAACACCAUCAGGUUAUACAACAUCGCCCUAAAAUCCGGUCCGAAGCUUGUCAAGAUCUUCACCAUAGGACCUAAGCCGGCCGGUCUCCUAGCAUCACGACCCAUCCUGGACAGCUUGGGAGACACGGCCGUGGAUUUCACUACUACACCUGGAUCCGAUAGUCUCCUAAUUUUGAGGGGAAAUGGAGACGUCUAUAUGAUGGAGUGCGACUUGGAAGCUAAAACACUGCAGCACAAACUGACGGGUCCAUUAGCAAUGUACCCUCCAGCGGACGACAACUACGGCUCCGAGUCCUGUUCCAUCACAGCUCUAUCCAACAGUAAAGAUAUGCCACCUUUAGUUGUGGUGGCUACUUGCUCAGCUCAGCUGUACCACUGCCUUCUCCUACCCAAUGCCACGGAGAAGGAAGACAGCCACGCCCUCUACGUGGUGGAGGCGGUGGAACUGAGCAUUGUCCUGAACCCAGAUGACAAUGUCGACAUGCAGUACUCGUACCCGGUCCAUCUCUAUCCGUGCACAAACAACACAUACGCCUGCAUGCACGCUGGCGGCGUCCACGCCGUCACGCUACCCGUGCUGAACCAGCUUAAGGACUACGCUUUAGCUGAUGAUGCGGAGAGCGAGACGCAACUGUCAGCCAUCUUGUCCCGCACCAGCGUGGCCCGCCACCUUGUGUGCACGGCGGGCCCGCGGGCCACGCUGCGACCCCCCGCCGGGCUGGCGCUGACGCCGCCGCCGCUGCCCGCGCUGUUGGUGCUGUGCACCGACGCCACUGUACUGUCACGGACGCUGGAACCGUAUGACUUGGAGGAUCAGCUGUACAAAGAGCUGCAGCUGCGGAACCCGGCUCUGGAACAGGACGACAUUAACAACAUACUGAAAGAGAGGCAAAAGCUGUCAUUCACGGCGAUUAUUCAGGAAGUAUUGGCCAGAGACGUAUCGCAGCCGAUCCUCAAUAUCAACAGCAAGGAAGAACCCAGCCCUAAGGAGAGUCUAGAGUUCCUAACUGCUGCUACUCUAAAGCUCCGCGGCGAGUACAUGUCGCGGCAGCAGCGAGCCGCGGACGCCAUCGCGAGGAAGCUGACAGCCUUGCGGUCGCUCAGCGAACAACACGACAAGUGGUACAACGACUUGAAGAGAGACAUCGAAGACGUGACCCUGCAGUCGAUGGUGCUGAAGGAAAAGGCCCUCCUUGCCGAAAAACACCAGGAUGAUAUUAAAUACAGAUGUUCAGCAGUGAUACGCCAGCUGCGCGCGUCCGCGCCCGCCACUGCGGCGGAGCGCGAGCUGCUCGCCGAACUAGAGCGCUACAGGCGCAGCGGAGAACAGAUCGCCGAACAGAUACAGCUGCUCAAGAAACAUGCCCGCAACAAGCAUGAUGAGUUCAACAAAUGGCAAGACGAAUACAAGCGGAAGGACAUAGCUCUCGGCAAGUCUCACAGCGACACUAUCUCGUCGAUCCUGCAGCAACAAACUGCUAAAAUCUCUACGCUGAUAGAAGAAACCAAGCUACUCAAAGAUCAACUCAGUAUAGUGUAAUAUGUAAACAAUCGGACUGAAUUCUCAAAGUAUUCUGUAAAAUGUAAAUGUUAAUUAACUCUUUCAUCUGAGGGUCAGUUGCACCAACUUAUCUGUUACUUUUAAAGCGUUCGCUAAGGUAGAAGUACUAGUGCUCGACGCUGCACUAGUAUUCGACAUGGGCACUUUAUGUCAAAGUAAUAUAGGUUAAAUUUGAACGGCGAAGAUUUUUCCGUAUUCAAAUUUAAUCCUUGUGACUUUGACAUAAAGUGCCCAUGUCGAAUACUAGUGCAGCGUCGAGCUCUAGUACUUCUACCUUAAAUAGGGAUUGAUACUGUAUUUAAAAUAAAUUAUUUUACACCAUGCAUGAAAUAAAUUACCAGAUAAUUAUUAGAAAAACACAGAUAGGAGUUAUUUUUAAACACAAGUUCUAUUUAAUAAAUUGGAUAGUAAUAUAAAAAGUAGGUGAGUUGACCGUGACGUCACGAUGUAAUGUUUCAUAUAAAUUCCAUAUUAGCAAAUCGUUUUGACAGUUCUAAAAAAGUAACUGAUUUGACUGGUAGGGAAAUACCCUAUUUUAUCGUAUGGGAAGUUUGAUUUGAGUUGACUUCUGAGUGAAGUUGAUCAGUCCGCUAAAUGUGGUUGGUGCAACUGGCCCUAACUGUGCCAUUUCAAGGAUAUUCACUGAUUGUUACAUUAAUCCCUAAUAAAUUUGUAACUUAAAUAAGUUUUUGGCAAAAAAAUCAUUUUUGGUACAAGCUUUUAGCGCUAAAUGUACUUUUCUUUCCACAGGCAAUUAAUACUCAUCGAGUCAAUUCUAAAAACCCCAAACACAAUUAGGUUUCGUUGUUUUAUCACAUAGUUCCUAUGGCCACCUCUGGUCUCUAUCAUCAAAUCAGCUCGAUGACACCAUAAUAUUGCAUUGUCACCCGACUUACGUAUGUAUGCAAAAUUUCAGCUCAAUCGGAAACCGGGAAGUGGAUCAAAUUUAACUUGCAAGAUUUGAUUACAGACAACGGUCAGGUGAAACUAAAUAAAAGCUUGUAAAAUAUUCUAAAUUGGUGUGGAACGUAUACAAUUUUUCAGCUAUUCCGUGGUUAAACUUACAAGAUGUGUAUUUUUGUAAACUUGCGUAGAUUUAUCAAAUGUCUUCGAAAAAACAACGCAUUCACUGCCAACGUUUUCUUAGCGCUACGCUCGUAGCCGAUCCCAGCGUUUUCUCGUUUUGUAGAGGAAAGCGACUACGAACAGAGAAGGUUCCCGGCAAUGUGUUAAAAUUACUUCGGAUUACCCACGUAUACGUUAAGGAUGCAAGUAGGUAUCGCAUGUAAUAAUUUUAAUCGUCAAUUUCACACUUUUUGGUAGUUAGAAACCUGUAUUUCAUUAUAUUCGUUUUCUGAACCGUAUUACUCUAAUUAAUUAUGUUCCCACUAAUUGUGCCUAAGGGCCUGUCCAAUUUCUUUGUUCAAUGUCAGUGCGACUCACUCUCUCACUAGGCAAAAUGCGAGAUGCAAAUACACAUUGAACAAAGAAAUUGGACAGGUGAGGUGGAAUACAAUUCUAUGACUCGACUUCUACAAAAUCAUUGUAAUUUAGAAUUAAAUUGUAAAAUUACGUAGUGAUUACCUAUUGAUUAUUCCUUUUGUAUUGUCAUUGGUGUUUGAGAUUAAUAAAUAAAUGUAAUGUCAUUAGUGAUCAUUAUAAGUUUUAUGUUUCAUUUUAUUAUAUACCUAUGUAUGUGUAAAAAUUAACAAGACAUGACGAUCGGUCUUCCUACUUUUA